UUAUCAAUGUGAAAAUAAAAUGUUGUUUGCAAACCUGCGCAGUCGACAACGGUACUGCAAGUCUGUUAGAAUAUUAGCUUAGUUAGCUAACGCUAGCUACUUUAUAUGCUUCUGUCUUUAUAUAUUGACUUACACUGUAGGGUAUUGAUGUAGCGACUCUAUGGACUAUUGUGAACUGGCACUUUGCAACAUCCUCUAGAAAAAGAAAGAUCAGCCAAGAGGGGUGGAACUUGUUAGCGAAAUAAUUCAUAGCUAGCUAGCCAGCUUACGUCCGAUACAAGUGUUUAUGAUUAUGAUGAUGAGGGAACAUUAGAAGAUGUAGCUUGUUAGGUAAUACGCCUUGGGCAUCAGCACCGUUAGGACAGGAGUCGGAACUACAUCUGGACCAGGGAUCGUCAGACUCUUGAGAGUACUCUUGUCCCUAAUGGAGAAAAAGGAGAAAAGGCCCGGCUACUUUGCCAGGCUGAAGAAGAGGCGUCAGCUGAGACAGAGCCAAUCAGAGAAGGCCGUGACUGAGGAGAGCCACUUGGAGCCAGACUCGAAGGGACCAAUCAUCUGUGCGCCUGCUCCUGCCAAACAGCGUCAGAGCAACAACCCAGAAGGGGACAAGUCCAGCAAUACUGAGAGAACUUUGAGGGGGGGAUCAGACGACAACCGCAAAUCCAAUGGGCAGGACAAGAAAGAGAAGAGAAAGCCACCGGGUACUGUGGAGUACACUGUGGGCCCUAAGGACACACUGAAUGGCAUUUCACUAAAGUUUAACAUCACACCAAACAAACUAGUGCAGCUGAACCGGCUCUUCUCUCGCAGUGUUGUCCCUGGACAGAAACUGUUUGUGCCUGAUGUGGGCCAGUUGGAGACUGACGGCGCUGCCAACGCUUCACCCAAUUUGGUCAAUCUGCAUUCCCAUAAAGAGUCACUGGACGGUAAAUUGAGCUGCAGGUCUGGCAUAGCCCGACACAGGGAGCUCUCUCCUCCAUCCGAAGACGAGAGCCCUGCCACUGUCAAAUUCCUCAAGAUGAGCUGCAAGUACUUCACAGAUGGCAUGGGAGUGGUGGGUGGCGUGAUGAUUGUGACACCCAACAACAUCAUGUUCGACCCACACAAGUCGGACCCGCUCGUGAUCGAGCAUGGCUGCGAGGAAUACGGCCUCAUCUGCCCCAUGGAGGAGGUUCUGUCCGUUGCCCUGUACGACGACGUGUCCCGCAUGAAGCUCAAAGACGCACUGCCAUCCGACAUACCUCAGGAUCUGUGUCCAUUAUACAGGCCAGGUGAGUGGGUGGAGCUUCCAUCUGAACAAGACCUGAACCCUUUCAGCCGCUACGAGACCCUUGGGCAACCCAGCCGUCCAAUUAUAUUAGACGACAUUGACGCAGCAGAUUCAGAGACAGUAGAGUGCCACCCUGCCGACAAGUCACCAUCCGAUGAAGGCUUCACAGAGCUGGAGCUCCUGCAGAAUGACUCCAGCACAGAGAACGGCAACGCAGAGACAUUUCUCAGCAGGCCCGAGACUGCUGACACUGGCUGCCUUGACCUGGGAGGUUCACAGGAAAUGAGUGACUGUGAGAAAGCAAAUGUGAGUGGACAGCCCCUUUUGGAUCAGAGCACAGAGGGCGUCGUGGCUUGUGACGUGGACCAGGAAGAAAAGGAGGAUGAAGGACUUCACAGUCAUACCACUAAUGAGACUGCUGAGCUGGCCUUUGAUGGGGAUAGACUGCUGCCUGCUGGGACUGGACCUGGUCAAACUGUACGCAGUCUUGAUGUAGCAGAUGAGGUGAAUAAGACUGGGACUGAGAUUCUCACUAGUGAUGCUUCUCUAGUGGAAGCAGCAGGUACAGACCAGAAUGGGAAGGUAAGCCCUGGUGAUGCCACUGGGGAUUUUGGGAAUGGUGGUUCUUCUGGGCCAAGCCACAAAGCAGACACAGAGACAAUGAGGGAACCAAAUUUGGAAAGAGAGCAGAUCAAGAAGGAGAUAGAAAGACAAGCUGAAGAAACAGAAAUGAAGUCAUGGCUGUUGAAAAGAAUGCAGGGACCAAUUGAAGAUAUGCUGCUCUCCACAGAGGAGAAGAGCAAGAAUCCUCCCAUGUUCCUGUGCUUCAAAGUCGGGAAGCCCAUGAGGAAAUCCUUUGCUUCUGGUCGAACCUCUAGCCCUGCCCACUCCUUUGGGGCCAGAGGAAAGCAGCCAGAGUACUGGUUUGCAGUACCACAGGAAAGGGUGGACCACCUUUACUCAUUCUUCAUCCAGUGGUCUCCUGACGCCUAUGGGAAAGAUGCUCAGGAGCAGGGCUUUGUGGUUGUUGAGAAAGAUGAGCUCAACAUGAUAGACAACUUCUUCAGUGACCCAAUGCCCCGGAGCUGGGAGAUCAUCACAAUCAAUGAAGCAAAGAGGAGACAGAGCUUCUGCAGCUACGAAGAAGAGGAGCCACUGGACAUGCUGUCUGUCCUGACGGAACCCAGUACACUCCUUGAGGACACACACGUAGAGAAGCUGGCCGCUCGGCUACCAGCCCGGGUUCAAGGGUAUCCAUGGCGAUUGGCCUACAGCACAGUGGUGCAUGGGACCAGUCUGAAGACUCUCUACAGGAACCUGGGGGAGCUGGACUGCCCUGUGCUGCUGGUCAUUAAAGACAUGGAUGACCAGGUUUAUGGAGCAUUUUCCACUCAUCCAUUCAGAGUUAGUGAGCACUAUUAUGGCACAGGGGAAACCUUCCUGUACACGUUCAACCCUGAGAUUAAGGUGUUCCGCUGGACUGGCGAAAAUUCAUACUUUGUGAAAGGAAACUUGGACUCUCUCCAGAUAGGAGGUGGUGGGGGUCACCUGGGCCUGUGGUUGGAUGCAGACCUGUACCACGGCACAACCUCCAAAUGCUCCACCUUUAACAACCAACCGCUGUCCUCACAACAGGACUUCACCAUCCAAAACCUAGAGGUCUGGGCCUUCGAGUGACGGCCCUGACACUGCCGUAUACAUAAACACCCACACAUACUGUGACUAAUAUAUAUAAACACUUGCGUCCAGCUCACAGCAAGUAAUAUAACAUUUUCAAGAUGUGCGCUACGCCACCUCUUUAUAUUGAUGCGGCUGGUUUUGUGGAGAUUGAUUGUUCCCAGUGGGGUUCAGUGGGCACUAGUUUUGACACCGAGCCUGACCUGUACAAGUUUAUCACAUUACACAGUUAAACUUGACAGUACUUGACUGCUUUAUAUGUUUAAUACUGGCCUAAGCUGCUGUUUUGUGUUGGUCCAAGCUCAUCUAGACUGACCAGGAGGGAAAGAGAGAAGCAGGCUUCUGUCUGUGCCUGCUCCAGUCUGCCUUAACCACGCACACCACCCACAAUGUAUCCCAGCAUGCAACAGUGUACGCGAGCACUGCAGAAAUAGAACCACUCUUCAUAUAGCUGGGACAACAGAGGCUGUGUGUAUCAUACUACCUUGGCAUGAGCGCUUGAUGAUCUAUAUGGAAUUUUGGUGCACAAUCCUGUGGGUUGGUCCGGCAGGGAUGACACGGUUGUUUACGAAAGGAAGAGGAGAGCAGGGUGAGGAAACGUGGCACUUUUGUUCAGAGAGAGCGAGCGGCUUGCUGCCAUCCAUAUGAAACACAUUCCAUUUGAGACAAAGGGAAACAAAAAAAAAAAAAAAAAAAAAAACUGUCUUGACCAAAGCAUUUUAUUUACAU